GAAUUGCUGGUCGCCUCCUAUAAGUGAUCACACAUUGUUCACAAAUCCUCCAUUGCAAUUUGCGUUGUGCUUUUAUUUCAACUUCGUACUUUAUAGGAAAUCUGAGAGAGAGAGAGAGAGAGAGGAGGAAGGCAUGAAUCCCUCUCUUUAUGAAGCAGCUGCAACUGGCGAUGUUAGCUUCUUGGAAAAAAUUAGAGACGGUCGUCUAACAGCUGAUCUCUUUCAUAAAACACCUGAAGAGAACAAUAUUCUUCACAUUGCAGCUGAAUUCAAGCAAAUAAACUUCAUCAAAGAAGUGAAAAUACAUCACGAAUCUCCCCGGUUUUGGGCCACCAACAAGAAUGGCGAAACUCCUCUACAUGUUGCUGCAAGAGUAGGAUGUGAUGAAGUAGUAAAGUUCCUCAUUGACCACACAAUAUCGCUACCUAUUGAAGGAGUUGAUUCAGAAGAGGUACCAAUUGACGGUGAGGCUUACAAAAAGCUACUCCGGAUGACUAAUUUGGAAAUGGAUACAGCUUUGCAUGUUGCUGUUCGAUACAAUCAUGCUGGAGUAGUGAAGCUUUUGAUGAGAGCUGAUCCUGAAUUGUGCUGUUCAUGUUACAGCAUCAAGGAAUCACCCUUGUUCCUCGCUGUUAGAGCCGGGUCUACCAGCAUUGCCGAUUAUAUUUUAAACGAGAUUCCCGCUCUUUUGUCUCCUUCUUUUCAGGGAACAAAUGGUGUGACAGCUUUGCACGCAGCAGCCACCCGAGAAUCCUUUGCCAACAAAGGAAUUGUGCAAUCUAUGGUUUCCAGAAAUCCUGGGAUAAUCAAAGAAGUUGAUGAAAUAGGGUGGACUCCAUUACACUACGCAUCACUGAAAGGGAACCAUAAAGCAGCUGAACUACUGAUUCAAAAUUCUAACUCUGCUUGUUACAUCCCAGACAAAAUUGGAAUGUCAGCUCUCCACGUCGCGGCAUAUGCAGGGCAUACCAAAAUUAUUGACGAGUUGAUUCGACGUUGUCCUGAUAUUUGCGAUUGUGUCACUCAGAAAGGCCAAACAGCUCUACAUGCAGCAGUUUUAGGUGAAAAAAUAGAUGUUGUGAAGUACGUUUUGAAGACGCCUAAGCUUGCGAGACUUAUAAACAAAGCAGAUAACGAUGGAAACACUCCUUGGCAUCUAGCUGCUAUUCACAAAAAUAGUAAAAUUGUUGCUAUUUUAAGGAGAGACAGUAGGUUGAACAGAACUGCUAUCAAUAAAGAAUUUUUGCAAGUUAGCGACAUUUUGCUCGCCAAGAACACGGGAAGAAAGGAAAUCAUAGAAAGUCGCAAUUUUUUCAAAUACCAUGGAGACAUUGUCGUUCCCGUGCCACAUUUUCAACAAGAAAUCAAGCAGGAGUUCAAGAAAUUUGAAUCCCAAGAGGAGAGCAGUACGUCUGAGACGCUAGUCAAUACUACAAAUACGAGAGAAAACUUGCAGGCUUAUUCGGGUCCGACCUUCAAUAGAAAUGAUGCGAAACUUAUGGUAGCGACCUUCAUUGCAACCGUUACAUUUACAGCCCUUAUCAACCCGCCUGGAGGGUUUAAAGAAGAUGGAACAUCAGUUUUAAGAUAAAAAGCAGCUUACAAAGUAUUUUCGGGUUUUAACGGGCUAUCCUUCGCACUCUCAGUGUCUGCGAUAUAUAUUGAAUCCAAUCCGAUAUCUGUCCUACCAACUCCCGCGUCUCUUAUUAAUUUUUCCAUUGCUGGAAUGGUGAUAGCAUUUAUUGCAGCCCUGAUGGCAGUGGAGCCCAAGCGGCCCGCGCAAAGUACGGUCAAAUAUGUUUUGUACGGCGACGGAACCGUUGUUUCUAAUACGCUCCAGCUUAUUGGUGGAAUUGUAGGCGCACUAGUUGGCAUCUCGGUUGCGAAGCCUCUAUUUCAAAUAAUCAUGCGGAAAAGAAGGAUCCACGACUUCCGGAACCACGUAAUUUAAUGGCUCCUGGAAGUUACAAGUAAUUGGUAUUUAUGGAAAUGUUGGGGAGUUGUUUGGUUUCAAUUUAAAAAUAAUUUAUACUUUUCAACAAUAAUGAAUGUAACUAUAUUACUUUCCAAUUUUCUAUU